AUGCUGAAUCGUAUUUCGCCGACGACGUUCGAGCUGCAAGCGCAGCUCCCGCGUCUGCCGGUGCCGAAGCUCGAAGACACGCUGGCCCGCUACCUGCGUACGCUGGAGCCGCUGCUGCGCCAGAAGGAGGAGAUGGGCGAGCUGCCCGCUGGUGCGACUGCCGAGAGUGAGCUUGCGCAGCGCCGUGCAUGGGCGGACGAGCUGCUCCAGGGCGGCCUCGGCGCGAAGCUGAACGGGCGCCUGGUGGACGUGGACCAGACGACGGAGAACAACUGGUUUGACGAUCGCUUCUGGCUGCAGAAGGCGUACCACGAGUGGCGUGUGCCCCUGCUGGUGAACAGCAACUGGUGGAACAUGUACAAGGACGACCCGGCGAUGGACGAGUCGCUGACGAACCGCUGCGAUGCGCCGGCCUACACGCAGCAGGCGAUCGAUGCGCAGAACUGGGACGGCCUCGAGUGGGGGCUGCGCCGCGCGACGUGGAUCACGUACCGUGCGGUGCUGUACAAGGUCGCGCUUGACCGCCAGACGAUCCAGCCGGACCGCUCCCGGGCGGGUGCGUUCUGCAUGUACCAGUACAGCCGCAUGUUCGGCGUGACGCGCAUUCCCUGCCGCCCCCACGACUACAACACGUCGACGGACAGCACGCGCCACUCGCGCCACAUCACCGUGAUGGUGCGCGACAACAUCUACGAGCUGCCGGUGCUCAACGAGCACGACGAGAUUCUGCCGCUCGCCGCGAUAGAGCGCGCGCUCGGCGACAUUGUCGCGGACGCACGCAAGGCGGACGGCCCCGCGAUCGGCGUCAUGACGGCGGACGACCGCGACACGUGGACGCUCGCGCGCGAGCAUCUGCUGUCGCUGGGCCCCGAGAACCGCGCGAACCUGCAGUCGAUCCAGACGAGCUUGUUUGUGCUGUCGCUUGACUCGAACGUGCUCGGCGACGUCGACGGCGCGCCCGCGCCCGUCGGCAGCGAGCCGGUGUACGCCGGUGCGACGGCGAUCGCCACGUCGGGCGCCGGCCGUCUCGCGCACAACCGCUGGUUCGACAAGGCGAUCACGUUCAGCGUGGAGCCGACCGGCCGCGCGGGGAUGCUCGGCGAGCACUCGCCCGUGGAUGCGCUGAUCCCGUCGUUCCUCUCCGAGACGGUGCUCGCGGAGCCGAUGCCCCCCGCGGGCGAGCCACUGCCCGAGAAGGCGGAGGGCGUCUCGGUGAUGGACGAGGCGCCGCAGUGGAAGAAGCUCGCGUGGAAGGUCGACGACCGGGUGCAGCAGUCGAUCCGCCACGCCGAGGACGUGGCGCGCCAGAUCACCGCCGACUCGAACAUGGGCAUGCUGUGGUUCAGCGAGUACGGCGCCGAGUGGAUCAAGCGCGUCGCGAAGCAGGCGCCGGACGCGUACAUCCAGAUGGCGCUGCAGGUCGCCUACGCGCAGGUGCACGGCCGCCAGACGGCGACGUACGAGACGGCGAGCACGCGCCUGUUCCGCCACGGCCGCACGGACGUGAUCCGCUCGUUCAGCAACGAGGCGUACGACUUUGUGCGUGCGCUGCGCGAGAACAAGCCGGCCGCGGAGCUGUACACGCUGCUGCAAGCGGCCACCCAGGCGCACACGCGCCAGACGCGCGACAGCUCGUUCGGCAAGGGCGUGGACCGCCACCUGAUGGGCCUGCGCCUGGCGUACCGCGCCGAGGACGACGGCGAGGUGCCGCGCCUGUUCGCCGACCCGCUGCUCGGCGAGUCGAGCGCGUGGAAGCUGAGCACAAGUGGCCUGAGCGCCGGCGACAAGUUUGUCGGCACGGGCUUCGGCUGCGGCUACCCGGACGGCUUUGGUGUGAACUACUUGGCGGGCAGCCAGACGCUCAAGUUCGGUAUGGAGACCAAGCGCUCGAACCCCUUGGGCGACGGCGAGCCGCUGAAGAUGUACAAGGAGAGCCUCGUGCAGGCGCUCCGCCGCCUGCGCGACAUUGUCGAGCAGGGCGCGCCGGCCGUGCAGGCCAAGCUGUAG